AGUAAACAUCAGGAGAGGCGCUUAGCAGAUGGCCUGUUGGUGAAAGCCGUCACACUUCAAGUGGGCGAAUACCUUCGAUAUUACAGAGGCCAGUGUACUUCAGCAACAAGCUUAACGGAAUACGAUUGGUUUCUGCUUCGCCAGUUUAUAUCAUCUGAUAAGUUUGCUGAAAAUUGGUGUCUGGUUGGUCACAGCUUAUCUUGGAUACUGCUCAUCAGCUGCUCAGAAAAUAGAUAUCAUGCAGCUGAGUAAUAAUGAUGAACUUAUUCAUGUCAUGGAUACCAGCACAAAUGUUUGGAGCACCAUAAAGGACAUUGCAGACUCAGGACUACAGGAGGACCCAUUCUGUGUUUGUGAUGUUAGUGACAUAAUAAAGAAACACGAGGAAUGGAUAGUUAAACUGCCAAGAAUCCAGCCAUUCUAUGCAGUGAAAUGCAAUGACAGUCUGAAUGUGAUCAGAGUGCUGGCUGCACUUGGAACUUGCUUUGACUGUGCUUCAGAGGCUGAAAUCAAUAAAGUUCUGUCUGUUGGUGUCGAUCCCAGACACAUAAUUUUUGCACAUCCUGCAAAACCAUUAUCCCACAUUCGCCAUGCAGCAGCUGUAGGUGUCAGUCUAAUGACUUUUGAUAGUGAAUGUGAGCUUCAUAAAAUAAAGAACCUGUUUCCUACAGCCAACCUGGUGAUACGGAUACGAUGUGAUGCAGCUGUAGCAAAAUGCUACCUGGGGAAGAAGUUUGGUUGUAACCCAGAGAAAGAUGCACCAUGUCUAAUGACUCUGGCCCAUUCACUAGGAUUAGAAAUUGUUGGUGUCAGCUUCCAUGUUGGUUCUGGCUGUGAUGAUCCACCUGUUUAUCAGAAAGCUAUUGCAGCAGCCCGUAAGGUUUUUGAUCAUGGGUUGUUUCUGGGAUUUCCCAUGAAACUGCUUGAUAUUGGUGGUGGUUUUCCUGGCCACAAGGGCUGCUCUAUAGACAGGAUAGCAGAGGUGGUGAAUAAUGCUCUGGAAGAAUUCUUUCCCGACUGUGGGACACAAGUUAUAGCAGAACCUGGACGUUUUUAUGUUGCUUCUGCAUACACACUUGCUGCAAAUGUCUACUCCAAAAGGGAGCUUAGGAAUGAAAAGGAUGGAUCCAUAACAUCUGUCAUGUACUACAUAAAUGAUGGAGUGUAUGGCACAUUUAACUUCAUAUUGUAUGAACCUGCUGAAGUGAGACCAAUUCCUCUUAAAGGGACUAAGCACACAACAUAUCUCAGUUCUAUCUGGGGCCCAACUUGUAAUGACAGGGAUAAAAUAGUAAACUUAAGUUUGCUGCCUGAGCUGGAUAUUGGUGAUUGGCUGGUAUUUGAGAAUAUGGGUGCUUAUAAUUUGCAGGUGGCAUCUCCUUUUAGUGGCUUUCCCACCCCAGUGGUGUACACAGUGAUUGAUGAACAAGGCUGGACAUUGCUCAAAAACAAGCAUCCAAUGACAGAAACUCAUUUUGUCAUUGGAAACAAGCCAGCAAACCUGCCUCUGGGGACUGGCAGUGACAUCAUUAAUGGCAGAGCUACCUUCUGAUGUUUGGUUGUGAAGCAUGACAUACCUUCUUCCACUGUGCUUUCACGUUUUGUAUAUUAAUCUAUUAAGAUGGAACAAUACAAUUACAAGAAGUAUUACAUUCUUGUUGAUAUGGAA